UCCCUGUUCACCACAGGUGUAUAUCUCGACAUGGCGAUUUCUUCUGCUGGGCCAGCCGUACCAAAGGUCGAAGUUGACGAAGUCACGGGUGAGGAUGUCCCUCUUACACAUGAUGGAGCAGUCGUUCAUGUUGCGCUGGAUGAUUGUGGCUACUACGUGCGAUGGUUGUUUGAAAACCCUCAAGAGGCGGACGGCCGAGACCUGGAAGUGGCUAUCGAGCACGUGCAUUACGACGAUCUUGCCAAGGCAUUCGAACGAGUCACCGGACGAAAGGCACGUUUUAUCGAUGUGGAUUCCGAGACAUACUGGAGGGAAGAAUCCCUGGCCGAAACUGCGGACAGACCGAUUGGCGUCGCGGCUGAUGCAAGUGACAGCGCCAAUAUGAUCAUUAAGCAGAAUUUUACCGGAUGGUGGAACAUUUGGAGGGCGUCUGGUUACAACAAAGGCGUCAUCCAGAGGGACUACGAUCUGCUGGAUAGGAUCUUUCCCGGGAGAAUUCGCACUGCCGAGUAG